AAGAAGCCCGCGCGUUAACCUCAGUCUCACGUAGUCCGUUGAACAACGGACGUUGUACAGGCAGCAGUAGUGAACAGUUCACAAUGGUGGUGCUAUCAAGAGGCCUUAGCGUCACUCUGUGGUGCGUAGUCGUUGUCACAGUGGUGUCCAGUAAGGAUGGCUCAACCGGAGAUCUGAUGAAGUGUCGUGAAGCCGCCCGUGACUACACCACGUCUGCCAUGCCGGAGUUACCCCAGCUGGAGUGUAAUGUUACUGUGGACGGCAAAGAGGUAGACACUACCGCUGAUUCCUGUAAGACGACUGAAAGCACAUUUCGAAAGAAACUUCUGAGCUGCGUGAGGGAGUGGAAAUCACAGUAUAACACGUCUGAUGUUCGUGAGAUGGGACACGUCAACUGUAGCACGGCGCUCCAGGAGAGGUUCCACGCAUGUGUGGUAGACAUGAUCUUCCCGUCCUGCUGCAGUCUGCAGACUUUCACGACAUUUUACCAUGAGAAGGGCCCGGAUCUGCUGUACAAGAACAUCAACUCCUUCUGCUGCAGACGCUUCCAAAAGAAAUUGAAGCCGACGGAGCCUGCUGAACCUGACAACAUUAAUGUGGAAAUGGGAGACAGCAGUAAAGAGAGAAACAACACACAAGUGGACAAGCUGUACAAUGAAGAGAACAAACGGUUUGAAAGUUACCUACCGACAGACAAGCCAGAAACUACGACGAUGAUUGCGACAACACCAGAAAGCGAAGUCGUGAUGUCAGAGGAGGCCGUUGUUGAAGCUAACAGCGGGUUUGCCCUGGACCUGUACCGGCGACUCUCUCAGCAGACAGACGGGAACGUGUUCUUCUCCCCGUACAGCAUGUCCGUCGCCCUCGCUAUGACGUACAUGGGAGCCAGACACGACACUGCUGCCCAGAUGGCGGCUGUUCUGCACCUGUCUGAGGGAGAGUUUCACCAGGCGUUCUCCAACCUCAGCCGCGCCAUGUUCGGGAACCAGCAGAAACACACACUCGUGCAGGCAAACAAGCUGUUCGGGCAACAGGGGAUUGACCUGCAAGACGACUUCCUGUCCGGCACGUCUCAUUACUACGACGCUCCCCUCGAGACGGUGGACUUUGGCGAUGAGGAGAGUUCACGGUCAACGAUCAACAACUGGGUGUCUGCUCAGACCAAGAAGAAAAUCAAGGAACUCAUCCCAAAGGGUAUCCUGACCCCUCUCACCAGACUGGUCCUAGUGAACGCUGUGUACUUCAAGGGAACCUGGCAGACUCAGUUCGACCCUGACGAGACAUACGACCGGAAAUUCUUCCCAACGUCCGACAAUCACUUCACGGUUCCCACCAUGCAUCAGCGCGGGAAGUUCCGGGUGGCUGAACUGGAGAAUCUGCGGUGCCGAAUGUUGGAGCUGCCUUACGCAGGAGGCGAACUGGCCAUGUUUGUUCUGCUGCCUUUUCAGAUGUUCGGGCUGAAGGACGUGGAGUCUAGUUUGACCAGCGAGGCCUUGUUGGAGGCCACGCGGGGCGACAGGUUGUAUUUCAUGCAGAUUAGUAUGACCGUCGCCCUUCCGAAGUUCCGUCUGACGCAUGCGCUCAGCCUGAAGGACCAGCUGACGGCGCUAGGCAUGACGGACCUGUUCUCCAUGGAAACCGCUGACCUGUCAGGGGUCACGGGUCAGAAGGACCUGCACGUGUCAGAGGUCCUACACGAGGCCUUCGUAAAUGUUAACGAGGAGGGUUCGGAGGCCGCGGCGGCGACAGCGGUGGUGAUGAGGGGCCGCAGCGGGAACUUCGGGCGGUCUUUCGUCGUCAACCGGCCGUUCCUGUUCCUCAUACAGCACAAACCGACCGGCUCGAUCCUGUUCCUCGGAAGGGUGACUAACCCGAAUGAGUGAUUUCAUUCACAACUGCAUUAAUAACAACUGUUAAAGCUCUUUAUUCACAAUCACUUGUUUAAGAGCAGACGUUUCGAUGACCGUCUGUCAUCAGCAAGACAAUUAUGACUGGUUAUAUCUACUACAAUAUUAUAGAUAAAGACGACAAUGUGUUCUAAGAUAAAUUAAAGACAUUAUAUAGAACUGC